AUGCUGUUUCGAAACAUCAACUGGCGCGUAACGAAUGCCAUCGAGACAUUGAGGAAAUUUGAUACGAAUGUUUCAUUCUGGGAUCGGCACCGGCAGGAAAAGUUGGAAAUUUGUCACGAACUUGCCACUAAAAUUGACCAGCUUUGCUGUCUUCAUCGUGCCGUCGACCAAACUAUCCAGCGAACAGUCCGUGUGUUCAGCCUACCGAUGACGAUCAUUAUUUUGUACCAGUUUUUGAUAGUGCUAUCAGAGGCGUACUACGAUUACAUAUUUUUGAUAACAGAUUUAAAAGCAGGCAGGAAACAUAACUACGGUGUAACUUUCUGUUCCAUGCUGUUCAUUUUGAUGUGUGGUUUGCAGUUCUUCUACACGGUUUCGGUUUGUGCUCAGCUGACGAGACGAGCAGAAGCAACUGGACUCCUACUGAAUGAAUUGAUUCUUUCGGACGUUGCAAAGCGCGUGGAUUUGAGCAUUGGGGUUUUCUCUAUCGAAAUGUUGCAUCACAGCUAUUGCAUCGAACUGUUUGGCUUAUUUCCGGUGGAUUUCACGUUGUUAUACUCGAUUGUAGGUACUAUCACUCAUUAUCUGAUCAUCUUGGUGCAAUUUGGUUUGGAAGAAAACCAUUCAUAG